UCUGUGAGCCUCGACCCAUCGGGAAAACCUAACCCCGCAAGGGACAGAGGGACCCAGGGUUGGUUUGGGCAUGUCCAUUACCGACCAGAAAAAAUGUUAAAACAUAAAAAUUACAUAAAAAUCUUUUUCCGUAAUUGAUAAAAUUAUUGUACUUCAAAACAUAAGGAAGUAAAUGUUUGAAAUAAAAUAAACUUUGGAGAAAUUACUGUGCUAUCAAGAAAAUUACUGUGCUAACAAGGAAAUUACUGUGCUAUCAAGGAAAUUAAAAAACUAACUUUUGCAAAAUCACAAAGUGAUAAUCAACAAUAAUUUAAUGAGAAGGCAAAGUCGGCAAAGUGUAGAGAAUACAUUGUAGAAAAAAUGACGAUAUCAGAAUCUGAUUUAUCCGUAGAUAUGAAAACGCGGAGAAGUGGCUCUAGCUUCAGAAUGGUGUUAGCCGGAAUAAUAUGUACACUACCUGGCAUCUCCUCUGGUUUAUCAAUGGGGUUCUCAGCAGUUCUAAUCCCCCAGCUACAGGAGCAGGGGGCAGAUAUACAAAUAUCUUUAGAAGAAGGAUCAUGGAUAGCAAGUCUGUUUGUGGUUGGUGAUCUGCUUGGGUGUGUUAUAGGCGGACCGAUAGCAGAUAGGUUUGGAAGAAGGAAUUGUAUUUUGCUUAAUUCAAUUCCUCUCAGUCUUGGUUGGAUUCUGAUUCAACAAUCUCAGACCCUUCUUCAUCUAUAUAUAUCCAGAGUUAUCACUGGAAUCGGAAUUGGAGCCGGGCUUCCCAUUAUUUCAAUUUAUCUGAGAGAAAUCUCUUCUGCUGAUAAACGAGGCUUGAUUUCAAUUUUACUUCCAGCAUCCGCAAAUAUAGGUUUUUUGUUAAUGUACGUUCUUGGAUACUUUAUACCUUAUUGGAGAAGUACAACUUUACCAGGAAUACUUCUUCCCUUGGUUCCUUGGCUAGCGGUCUACUUCCUACCAGAAACCCCAGUCUGGUUGAUCAAAAAUUUGAGGAGGUCAGAGGCAGCUGUUAACCUCGCUAAGCUAAGAGGUCUUACCAUAGAGGAUGUUCAAGCAGAGCUUAACAGUUUAGAGCAACCUUCAGUUCCUUCAGAAAGCUUUGAGAAAGAAAGUGGAAAGUCUAAAUUGUCUCUGAUUACAAAUCGAACCAGUAUCCUACCAAUGUUGCUGCUAAUUUUCCUGUUUUUUACCCAGUCCUUCAGUGGGUCGAAUAUGGUGAGCUACUAUACAGUAACUAUUUUACAGAUGGCCAAAAUUCCAAUCGAUGAAAGCAUUGCCUCCAUCUUGGUAGCGGCUCAGUUUGUGAUAGGCUACUGCUGUUCAGCUAGUCUUAUCAGAAGGUUUCCUAUGAGGACUCUUCUGAUGUGCUCCCUCUUUAUCAUGGGUAUGGCGAAUCUAGCCACCAGUCUGGUUCUCAUGAGGAAUCAGAGAGAUUGUUUCAUGAACCUAGCAUCUGCUUCCAAUGGUUAUCCUGCACAAUUGGGCCAAUCAGCUGAUCAGAAUUUUUCUUCCAGCCAAUCAAAUACAAGUCAGCUUAUAUUCAGCCAAUCAGAUAAUCAGGAUUUUUCUUCCAGUCAAUCAAACACAAAUCAGCUGGCAUUCAACCAAUCAGAUGAUCAGGAUUCUUCCAGCCAAUCAAACACAAAUCAGCUGACAUUCAACCAAUCAGAUGAUCAGGUUUCUUCAAGCCAAUCAAACACAAAUCAGCUGACAUUCAACCAAUCAGAUGAUCAGGAUUCUUCAAGCCAAUCAAAUACAAGUCAGCUGAUAUUCAGCAAAUCAGAAAAUGACAACAUGUCAACAAGUCAGCAGGUCAACAUCCAAACUGAAGCAGAUCAUGUUUACAGUUUUAUUCCAGUGAUAUCAUGCAUAUUUAUAUGCUUUGGAUAUGGAAUUGGGCUCGGUCCCAUUCCUUUCAUUCUCUUCGGCGAGCUUUUCCCAAGUGAAGUCAGAGGCAUAAUGUCGUCAAUAACUGCCUUUCUAAGAUCCAUAACAGUAUUUGUAUCAAUUAAGAUAUUUCCCAUGUUUUUGCGCUACUUUGGAAUCGGAGGUUCAUUUUUGACUUGUUCUUUAGUUUGUUUUUCAGCCCUAGGAAUUUCUUUUUUCACCGUACCUGAAACAAAAGGCUUGACUUCUAGUGAAUUGGAAAAUAUUUAUAAGAAGCAGAAGACUCCAGCGCUUCCAGAAAAGAUCUCUGUAUAAUGACGAAAAAACUUCUCUCAUGGUACAGGGUGAUUCACUAAUAAUGAGACUUAAUGUUUGGUAUUUUGCAAUAAUUAUAAUAUUAAGUAGUAUAAUAUGCUAGGCUACAGGGAACCAAAGACUUAAGUAAUGAUUAAUAUUUAUGUAACCGCUGAAGUCUCAUCCUUGGUGGAUAAUAUUGAAGAAUGAUUAUUGUUAAUAUUUAUGUAACCGCUGAAGUCUCAUCCUUGGUG